UUUGAUUGGCCGUUAUAAGCAGCUGAAGAUAGCAUGUAUUUAUGUCUUAUUGAUUCGUAAAUUCCUUCUUUAUAUUUGCUUUAGGCGUUUUGUUGUUAAAUUUUGAUCAAUGAUCAAAUCUGGCCUUUAUUUGACCAGAAGUAAAUUUAAAAUUGAUUAUUUUCUAAUCCGCCGUGGAUACACAGCUUUUACACUCCUUUCCGCGAUUUAAUUUUUACCAGGAUUUAAUCUGAGUUUUGUAAAUUAAUCCUUUCUCCAAGGCUUUCAAAAUCUUCAAGGUUUGGUUUAAUAUAUUGGUUAUUCACAGUUUUAAACAUUUUGUAUUAUUGUUCAUAGCGUAUUUUUAUUGACAUCCAGACAUUUUUAUUGUUUUUUUUUGCUUUGAAAUUCAUAAUUCUUAUUUACAAAAAUUUUAUAACCGAUUUUUUUUUACCUGGUUCACUUUUCUAUCUUUACUUGACAAAGGCUUACUUUUCUAUCUUAAUCUUUGUUCACCUGAAUUCUAAUUAUUUUGCCCAGUUAAUCUCUUCAAAGAGCCUUCGACAAUUUUUUAAUUACUACUUCCUUGUACUUUUUCCGGUUUCAUAAAUUUUUUUUUCAAUUUUGGUAAUUCAGUCACAUUCACCAAGUCGCAAUUAGUGUAUAUGUAACCAUAAACGGAAAAUUGUAAAAAUGUAGCGACCUUGUAGCUAGAAAAACAAGAUAAAUUGAUUGAUACAUUUAGUCUUUCGCUUUCCCAUAAUUCUACGUGACACAAUUCGUCUGCUCUCAGAUUUUUUUUAUUUUUCUCUGAAAUCCUGAUUCAAUGUCAUUGACAACCGCUACCAUCAAUAGCAUCAAUAGCAUCGGUAGCAUUGAUAGCAUGUCAGUUGACAAUUUCACGUUCUGUGAAAAUUUGUUGGCUUCGAGAAUUGAGAAAGAUUUCAAAUGGAGUGAAGCGGAUGGAAAUUGGGAGGAAGUUUUUUACGCGCCCAUUCCCGACUUUGUACACUACAUGUGCGCGUGUAUUCUGGUCUGUCUUUUGGUUCCUGGAAUUCUCGGAAACUCGGCAGCCAUCGCCAUCUUUAUUCAGACGAGGUCUCUGAGGACACCGCAGAACAUGUUGCUGUUGAACCUGGCGGUGAUCGACCUCAUCAUGGUCCUCUCCUGUCAGCCAGUGGCACUCGUGUCCAGCAUCACACGCGGCUGGUACUUCGGAACCAUAGGAUGCACCAUAUCAGGAUGUUUCGCCACUUUCGGUGGCCUUGGAUCCAUUUGUUCUAUGGCCAUUAUAGCCUAUGACCGCUACGUCAUGGUCUGUUUCCCACUAGACGUGCGUCGCAUUGCCACCAAGCGACGCUCCAUUCGCAUGAUCGUGUUCGUCUGGCUGUAUGCUUCUAUGUUUGCAGUUCUACCACUGUUCGGCUACGGGGGCUUCGCUUUGAACGGAUUCAAGACGAGCUGUACUUUCGACUACAUGAGUCGAGACCUGAACAAGAGGACGUUUCUGGUGUUCAUGUAUUUGAUGGGCUUCGUCUGUCCUCUCAUCAUCACCAUCUUCUGCUACUGGAGUCUGUUUGACUACGCCAGGAACUGUGUCGUUCCGGGAGACGACGCCUCCCGCAUCCGACACCAGCAACAGCGUGAAAUCAGCCUGGCUAAGGUGUCCAUUCUAAGUGUGGGUCUGUUUCUGCUGGCCUGGAUGCCCUACGCGCUAGUGGCCCUGAUUGGCCACUUCUGGGGUCCAAGACAUCUCAACCCAUAUGCAUCCACCAUCCCCGCACUGUUCGCCAAGAGCCAGUGUAUCUACAACACAUUCGUGUAUGGCUGUGGACAUUCCAGCUACAGAAUUGAGUACCUGCGACGUCUACUGGGCAGACAGCCGAAAGACAUCUGUGGGGAAACUGGGACUCGGAGAAACACAGUGAUAUCAUUGAACAAGAGCAGCAGAGGUGGAAAUCGUUCCUCAGUUUCGUACGGCGACAGUAUUGCAGAACGAAAAGGUUCACAUUUGGACCGUAAAAUGGUCACGAAUGUGUGAAUAUCGGCCUCAAUAGCUGAAGAAUUUAUAUAUCGACACAAAUACUGAAUAGUGUGUGUGUACACGAAAAAGUGCUCAAAUACAUAUUAUUUUGAUAA